AUGUCGCGUGGCUGCCGUCUCUGGCUGCUAGCGGUGGCCUGGGUGCUGCUGCUGGUGAUGACAGCCUUUGCCAUGGAGUGCCCCAAGAUCAAGGCGGGGACAUGCGCGGACUGCAUCCAGUCAGGUCCUGGCUGUGCCUGGUGCAAGAAGCCGAAUUUCACCAAAGCUGGUGAGCCAGACUCCAUCCGCUGUGACACCAUUGAGCAGCUGCAGCAGAGGGGAUGCCCGCAUAACGAUAUUGAGUUUCCAGUCAAUGAGAUUACAAAAACACAGGACAUACCCUUAAGCAACGACAUACAGCUGACUCCCCAGGAGGUGCACCUGAAACUUAGGAAAGGUCAGCCUGCCGAAUUCGAGGUGAAGUUUCGCCGUGCCAUGGGGUACCCCAUUGAUCUCUACUACCUCAUGGACCUCUCUUACUCCAUGCUGGAUGACCUGGAGAAGGUGAAGAAGCUGGGAGGGGAGCUGCUCAGGGCACUGGAGAGUACCACCCCUUCUCGGCGCAUAGGUUUUGGCUCCUUUGUGGACAAAACGGUGCUUCCCUUUGUGAAUACGCACCCUGAGAAGCUGAAGAACCCCUGCCCCAACAAGGACAAGCAAUGCCAGCCUCCCUUCGCCUUCAAGCACAUUCUUUCACUGACGGACAAUGCCAAGAAGUUUGAGAGUGAAGUGGGGAAGCAGUUCAUCUCGGGGAACCUGGAUGCCCCAGAGGGAGGGCUGGAUGCCAUGAUGCAGGCAGCAGUGUGCGGGGACUUGAUUGGCUGGCGCAACGUGACCCGCUUGCUGGUGUAUGCUACGGAUGACGGCUUCCACUUCGCCGGUGACGGCAAGCUUGGGGCAAUCCUGACCCCCAAUGAUGGCCAGUGCCACUUGGAGGACAACAUGUACAAAAAGAGCAAUGAGUUUGACUACCCAUCGGUCGGACAGCUGGUCCAGAAACUUGCUGAAAACAACAUUCAGCCCAUUUUUGCUGUCACCAGUAAGGUGGUGGAUGUUUAUAAGAAACUCAGUGAGAUGAUCCCAAAAUCAGCGGUGGGAGAGCUAAAGGAGGACUCCAGCAACAUCAUUGAACUCAUCCAGGUUGCCUACAAUAACCUCUCCUCACAGAUCAUCCUGGACCACUCCACCCUGCCAGAUGUCCUGGAUGUCAAAUACGACUCCAAAUGCAGUAAGGACAAGGUCAGGUUGGAUGAAGCGAGAGGUCAGUGCGACAACGUCAAGAUCAACGAUGAGGUCAUCUUCAAAGUGAAGGUCACAGCCAAGGAGUGCAUCAAAAGCCAGUCCUUCACCAUCCGGCCACUGGGCUUCACAGACACCCUCACCGUCCACUUGGACAGCAGCUGCAACUGCAGCUGCAAUGAGAAGCCCAACCCAACUGACUGCAGUGGGAAAGGCAGGAUUGUCUGUGGGAUCUGCAGCUGCAAUUCGGGCUACACGGGGAAGAACUGUGAGUGUGAUACCAAAGGCAAGACCAGCAAGGAGCUGGAGGGCAGCUGUCGGAAGGACAACAGCUCGGUCAUCUGCUCGGGGCUGGGGGACUGUGUGUGCGGGCAGUGCAUCUGCCACGAUGAGCCCGACAGGGAGAUCUUCGGCCCCUUCUGCGAGUGUGACAACAUGAACUGCGAGUUUCACAACAGCUUCCCCUGUGGUGGCAAAGACCGUGGGGCGUGUUUCUGUGGGAAGUGCCAGUGCAAGCCCGAGUACGAGGGCAGUGCCUGCCAGUGCAAGAAGUCAGUGGAGGGCUGCUUGAACAGCCUCGGCAACGAGUGCAGCCUCCGUGGGACCUGCCACUGCAACCGCUGCCAGUGCCUGGAGGGAUACCAGCCCCCCUUCUGCAAGGAAUGCCCUGUCUGCCCCUCGCCCUGCGGACAAUACAUCUCCUGUGUGGAGUGCAAGGCCUUCCAGAGUGGCCCAUUUGAGAAGAACUGCUCCCAGGCUUGCCGCAACAUCCAUCAGGUUAAGGAGUUGACAGAGGAGGGCAGGCAGUGCAGGGAGAAGGACUCCCAGAACUGCUGGAUCUCCUUCCGCAUGGUCCAGGAGGAUGGCAAUGAGAUAUACUCUGUCACUGUUGAUCCUACAAAAGAGUGCCCGGAGCCUCCCAACAUCGCACUGAUCGUGGGUGGCACCAUUGCUGGUGUGGUCCUCAUUGGCCUCGUGCUCCUACUGAUCUGGCGGCUCUUGAUGGAGCUGUUUGACCGCCGGGAAUACCGUCGGUUUGAGAAGGAGAAGUCCAAGGCCAGGUGGAACGAUGCUGAUAACCCCCUGUUCAAGAGUGCCACCACCACAGUCGUGAACCCCAGAUUCAAUGGGCAAUGA